AUGAUAUGGCUUCUGAUUCAUUUGAUUUUUGCAUUUAAGGACAUCGCUCUCGCUGGUCUUAUCCAACAGCGCCUUAUCGAAUGUGAACGAAAGCAGUCCGCCGGCCAUUGGGAUAAAGUCGACGACCUUCUCACGAAAAUUUCUCUCAGCAAGAGCGAGGAAUCCGAAUGUCGUGGAGGUCUCAUACAGGAACGAAUCUCUUGCGUGAACCUGUUCAACUAUUCUUGUCAGUUCAUCGAUAAGGCAUUUAUCUUCCGAUUAGUCCCGGCACGAAUUACCAUUCAGGUACGGUAA